CAUUUCCCGAAGGUCUUUGCGAGUACCGGUUGACGUGGCUGGCGUUCUUCAGCAGACCGGGUCAAUUCAAACUUUCAACAGAAAAUCAGAGCGUUCCUCCUAAAACUAGUUUUAUAAGCGGGUUGGAAGUUGGUAUUUAGUCUCUUUUAAACUUUAUUAGGCGUGUCUGUUUGUAGUUUCGGGCUGUUUUAGGCUGUAUUAUGUCUGGGAAAGUGAAGAGUCGGAGCGGGGCGAACGCGGACUCGGUACCGGGUAGUGUAUCGUGUGAUGAGCGGAUUCUGCGGGACUGCCACAACCUGUACACCCAGCCGGACAGUGGACUAAUAACAAUAGCCCAGUCUGUUGGCGUGACCCUGCUGCCACCUCGUAAAAAGAUUACAGUCAUGCUGAUGGGGAACCACUCUGCUGGGAAGAGCUCCUUCAUCAACUGGUAUAUAGAGGAGCACAUCCAAAGAACUGGAGUUGCAAUCGAAACCCAAGGCUUCACAUUUGUUACUAGUGGACGCAAAAGAGAGUCCCUUACGGGUAAUGCAACUCUUCACCUGUAUCCCCACUUUAAACCACUUCAGGACUUUAAAGGUGUGUCUGAGUAUCUUGGCACCGAGAUCUGCACUUCUCGGCAGAAGCGUUUUAGCUUGGUGACAUUUGUGGACACUCCUGGACUGGUGGAUGGGGAUAUGAAGUACCCCUUUGAUGUGGACCAGGCUGUGCUUUGGCUUGGUGAUUUGUGUGAUUUGAUCCUGGUGUUCUUUGACCCGAUGGGUCAGGCUCUCUGCAAACGUACGCUCAACAUUGUGGAGAUGCUGAAUGAAAAGCACGGAGAUCGCCUCCGCUUUUACCUCAGCAAAGCUGAUGAAGCUGGAGGAGAGUCUGACAGACAGAGAGUGAUGAUGCAGAUUGUACAGGAGUUGUGCAAACGCCCAGGACUUAACAAGUGUGGUUUCGACAUGCCUACUAUUUAUGUCCCAAAUCCCAACAAGCCCAGUCGAUGCGUCAAUCAGAUAGAGGAGGUGUGUCGCACCAUAGAAAAGACCAUCAACCAGACUGUACAGAACACACUUAACUCCUUGGAGAAGGACUGUGAAAUCAUCUCUGAGGCCAUUACAGAUGCACUCAGCAACGACCGGCAGUGCAGCGUUGAGAACCGGCGGGCCCGCUGUAAGGGCUGUUUUCUAGGGCUGCUGGGCUUUUCUAUCCCCUUACUGAUGCUGGGUGCUUUGGUACUGGGCAGCAUGUCCAAGGAGAUGCUGGACCUAGUGCUAGGUGCUGAUGGCACUGUGGCACUGUCACAGUAUCUGGCUCCAGUACUGAGGGCGUUUGAGUCUGUGUCUGGUGAAAUGCAGCUCUAUAUUUGUGGUGGCCUUGUGUUCCUCUCCUUUAUCCUCCUCAUCCUCUCUCGGUUCUCCUCCCGCACUAAGCCCACUCUUUCAGGAAAACAAAAGAGGCAGAUGCAGGAAAAACUGGAGUAUAUGCAGGACGUGAAGAAUAAAAAGAAAGAGCUCUAUGAACAAUACCUCCGGCAAAGUGUUGGAGAUCAGGAUAUGAACUAAGACGUACAAUUGGAAUGAAAGACCUGAUGCAUGGGUGCACAGAGAAGUGUGGAAGGAAAGAACAGUGAUGGAGAAGUACCACUGAGCAUUCUGCCAUAAUAGAGCACCAGUAGUAAUAAAGACUCAAGUUUUUCAGCACCACAUUCCAAAAUCACACCAUGCCAGCACUCGAGCGUUAAACAUUUUAGUAACCACCUCGCCCCUUUAAAGCCAGCAAGAAAAUGUUGGUUAAAUGUACUGUUACUGUACACACCUAGAACACAUUCCAGCCACGGCAUGCACUGUUAAAUCUAUUGUAUAGUUUCUGUACUUUUUUUAAAUGUCUAAUCUAACAGACUAUCUUCCAGAUGUGCUAUAAUGUUAACAUGAAAGACUACAUUUCGAAACAGAGCUUUGCUGUAGGCCUUGACUUGUACAUCAGCAGUGCUUGUUUUACGGUUACAUGUUCAUAUGCUGCGCUUAACUUUAUACCUCACCAUGUUUUUAACACAACAGCUACAAUGAAAUGAAGGUCUGUUUUUGAUCAUGAUAGAAUUUCCAGAAUACUCCUCAUGCCCUGAGCUUUGCCAAGUUUUACCAGGCUUAGAAAGAUCAACUUUGUAUGCUUUCUUUUAUUUUUACUCUUUUCUUAUUGUAGUGAUGAUGAAAUGUGAUGAUAAUAAUAAUAAAUGCACAAUUUAAUAAUGCA